AUGGAGACUCCUCCUGAUUCACGCCGCUGGUCCGAGCUCCCUGUGGACAUAUUGAGAUCUCUGUUGGAACGUUUGUGUAUUGUGGAUUUUCACCGCGCUAAGCUGGUGUGUUCGAAUUGGUACUUGUGUUCCAAACAAACGUUGCGGCCAAAAGUAGGCAGAUCUCCUCCAUUGUUGUUGCUGUCUCCAGAUGAAGAGGAUGGGUGUCGUCUAUACAGCCCAGAGGAAGAUAGGGCUUACGAGACAACGAGUAUUGAUUUUUCAGGAUACCGAAUCCUUGGAAACUCGAGUAAGUGGUUCCUGGUGGUAGAUUCUCGAUCAGAUCUCUAUAUUAUAAACGUUUUUAGCGAGGAGAAGAUCCAUCUCCCACCUCUAGAAUCAAUGAAAGGUGGUUAUUAUAAGCUUGAGCGAGUAGCAGAUAAGGAAUUGAAAUGCAAAGUAAUUAGUGAGUCGUAUCGAUCUGGGGUUGUUUUAACCGCAAAUGAUCUGAGAGGUCUUUUGUGGGUAGACAACAAGAGUGGAGACUACGUUGUUGUUUGGCAAUAUGUUGAGCUAGGUAAACAAUUUUUAGGUUAUUGCAAGAAAGGGGAUGAUCAUUACCGCGAGAUUCCAACAGCCAAGUUGGGUGAUGUUCGCAGGGAGUUACGAGGCCAACGUGAUCUGGUACUCAAAGGUUACAGUCUUUACAUCUUCACGUCUUAUGAUUACAUUCGACACCUGGAUCUCUCUGGACAAGAUGGUUUCAAGGAUGUGUCCGAGACCCAUAGGUUUCCAAUGUGGAGAGAUGAUUAUAUGAAUGAGGAACUACUCGGAAUGACGACCAUCUCAUGCCGCGAUACCAUUGUUGUUACAACAUCAGGAGAGGCUUUGAUUGUCCAUAGUAGAGGUUACGAGUCUAACAAAAACUUUGAAAAACAUAGGUUGUUCCGCGUGUACAAGAGGGAUUCUAAAGAUCUAGACCCUGAUACCAGAGACACUAGGCUUGUUCAGGUGGAUUCUCUAGGUGAUGAUGAGGCACUGUUUCUUGAUAUGGGCUUCACUGUACCUGCUGACCAUACCCUUGGUAUUGAGCCAGACUCCAUCUACUUCACACAUGAUAACCGUCUCCGUCCUGAUUGGAGGACUCCACGCUUCGACAUCUGUGUGUACAAUCUUGCAACAAAGACCACCAAACGCUUCCCGGUUCUCUCCAAGUUUAACCUCAAGGAUGCUCGGUGGUUUCUCCCCUGA